UGUGCACCGAACUGGCGGUCAUUAGCGAACAGGCGGCGAUGAUGAAGCACGACACCGGCAGUACGCCCAUACCGAUUGGUGAGCCCAACGCCACGGCGUCAGCUGCUAUUACAGCCGGCAGCACAUCGUCGUUAAAGCGCGGCUUGUGGCGACAUCGCAGCGUGAUAGAGACGCCUGUUUGCGCACGGAGUCCCAUAACCAAAGCGUUUGACUUUCUGCCCUGGGGACGGAAUAAAAAGUGUGUCGAGAAAACACAAACACUGCAGGAGCACCAAAAACAACAACAACAACAACAACAACAACAACAACAGCAACAACAGAAACAGCAACAAGCACAAAAAUUUUCGUCGACCUCAAACACAAAGUCCACAAAUGUCGCAGCUGGCAGCUGCUCGAAUUCGAAUGUCAACACAAAUGCGCCAGCCGACAAGGACGUGGGCAUACAUUACCACCGGAAUAUCUUCCGUAGCGGUGGCGGACUCAUACGUGACAUACUCGGUGGCGAUAAGUUGCACAAAGAUAAAACCAGCAACAGCAAUCAGCAGGAGUUGACAUUAAAAAAGUCGUCCAAUCAACGUACGAAACCCAAGCAGGUCGUGGCGCGCAAUAAGAGUUUAGAUAUCCAUGAGCUCAUCAACACAGUCGAGCAUGAGCUGAAGGCGGAGAAGUCGAAAAACGGCCGCAGCCAAUUCAUGGACGACACUUUCAUUGAGAAUAUCAUGCGUGCCAAGGAAGCAUAUCGACGCGAGCACAAUGAGCUGCCAGACCAAGACCCUGUUGAUGACGAUGGCAACUAUCGCUACGUGGAUGAAACGGUCGACGGUGAGUGCAACGAUGUGCGUCAAACGCACGAAAUGCAGCGUGCGAGCGAUGAACAGUUACAUUGUACGCCCUCUGGCAGUGCUGCCGCUAACACACCCGCACGUCAUAUACUCUUCAACGACGAAGAUAUCGUGUACCUGAUCAAGAAGGAGCUGCCAGUGAAGCGUGAAAUGAGCAAGACCAAGCGUAAGGUGUCCGCCAAUCACGGCGCUAUGAGUGAGAAGGAACGUCAGCAGCAGCAGCGCGAACAUGAGCGUGACCGUGAACGAGCACGCGAGCGCAGUCGAGACCGUCACGAGCGUAGUGAAAGUGUACUGCGUGCACGUUUGAAGUUCAAGAAGCUGACACCGGAUGCCACGCCACUGCCGGAUCGACGUUCCGCAUCAGCGCAAAUGCUCAACCACAAUCAGUAUCACAAUCAAAGCGAGUAUGGCAUUAGCAAUGAGUAUGGCCAACCACAGGGACGUAAUUACCAAGCGUCGAGAUCGGUCAACGAUGGCUAUGGCGACGCCAACAACAACAGCGGUAGCAGCAAACGCAGCAUACUGCAACGACAAAAUACCUCACCCGCGCUGAUUAGUCUUGCCGCCGAGAGCGGAACCGCGAAUGGCAACGGAAAUGUAGGUGUUGGUGUAGUGAGUAAUUACGAGCACGAAAUGUCCCAUCAUCACACACCAGAAAAUCGACGCCGCCACCAUCAACUCUUUCAACGUGGAGAGCAGCGUGUACAGUUGCAGCGUCGCAAAUCCUUCACGGACUACGACAAUGCCCAGCUAGGCAAUUGCAGUUCGAGUAGUAGUAUGGCAAGUGGCGGUGGCAGCGCUGGCACACCCACCAACGAACUGCCGCCACGCGGUGAGAAACCACGUAAGAAACUCUCCUUCCGCGAACCGGUAGCGGAUAGACCCCGUGUACGACGUCGCAGUUCACCGCAACAGCAGUCACCCAGUGACAAUGCUAUUAAUGACACAGCCUAUGGCUUGGGGGUGGCCUCCUCGACUCCCACAACAAAAGAGUCGAACAAUCGUCUUGGCGUUGAGGAUGGCAUACUAAUUGGCAACGCGAAUGCGCAUAAAGUGAGCUGUGAUAAUUUAAGUGCCGGCAGCGCCAGCCACAACGCCGCUUUACUAUCAUUACCUGAUAACCGCAGUUAUACCGGACAAAUUAAUAACCUGCCCUUAGAUGUGUCCGGCUGCUGUUAUGUGGAUAAUGCGAAUUUAGCUAUGGACUUUGAGUCACAAGCGAUGCGUAUAGUACGUACCGUCGGCCAGGCCUUUGAAGUAUGUCACAAAUUCAAUCUUCAUAAGAAUUCCUUGGAUCACAACGACGAACGCUCGGAUGUCUCAUCAGAGUUGCUCGAUGCAGAACGCAUUUCAGUGCAGCAGUUAACCGACGAUGAGGUGGAUAAAAAAGAGCCGCUAACCGCUGUGACGGACAUAAAGCCAGCACAAAGACCGAAUCAUCUGGAAUUGGUGCCACAGACUAGUGUAAAUAUGCGCAAGUCACCCAGUUUGCUGCUUCCCUUGGUACUGUACGAUAUGUUGGCUCUCAAAGCCGCCAUGCGUUAUGCUUUAGCCAGUACCAUUCGCCUAUUAUUCUUCUUAAGCACUUCUGAGCAAUUGCUUCCUGCUGAUGAACCGAUUGCUGGCAGUGCGGGUAUCCAAAUUAAGACUCUGGCGUUGCAGAAGCAGCUCAUGGUGGAUGAUUUUUUACCGUUCGCACCAAAGACAAUGCAUUAA